CAAAGAACCGUUGCAUUUUCGUGAGAGUGUGUGUCCAUCUACAUACGUGUGUAAAAAUCGCAGUUUCCGCAUUUGAUGUCUUUUUCCAAUGUCCUAAUCAUGCGACAGCCCGACGAGGGCAAGUGUCACUUUUGUAAGCGCGUCUUCUGUUGCGGCAAAUGCCGCCAGAAGCAUCAGUUCAAAGCGCACGCUAUUGUAGUGCGCGAGCCAUUGGGAUUGAGGGCCUCCGGUGGCGGCGUCACCGAGCACCGCCAGCAAAUGGAGUCCGGAGCGACCACCAUUUACGUGUUCUGCCCGAUUUGCGAGCGACGGCCACUGCUGCUCCGCGAGGAGAUGCACGGCGAGCUGUUGGCCCACAUCGAGGCGUGCCACCUGCCGUUGAGGUGCCGCAAGUGCCAGCGCAACUACACGCGCGUCGACGAUCUGCGCGAGUUCAGCAAGUGUGUGGAUCAGCAGCAGAACUGCACGGGCACGGGCAUCGGCAGCGGCAAUGAUCUCACCGGCGACACGGAAACGUCCAAGGUGACGGUGCGCAAGGCAUCCAACAGCACCGCCAUCUCCACACAAACGUCGCCGGGCGUAACGCCCAUUUCGCUGAUUAACAUGCGCUGGAAGGCCAAGAGCCGCAUCGCCCACGAGGAGUUCAUCAGCGACAGCGUCUCCUCCAUCCGCAAUCUGUCGUCCAUCAGCAACAGCUCCAUUCGCCGCUCCAUUGGCCACCUGGGCGUGAAUCCGCCGGAAACUGUGGAGAAGGGAAAGAUCAUACGAUCGACAUCAACGCCGCUGCAGGUGGAAUCGGUGUUCGCCAAGCCCAAGGAGCCGAUCACCUUCAAUGCUUCCAAUGGCGGCCAUGUGUCCAGCAUCUACCAGGAGGAGUCCAGUCCAGCUGUGGACAGCAAUCCCGUCCAGCAGCCGUUGCAUCAGCGCAACUGGAAGAUGGGCGCCCGUAAUAAGAUGAGCGCCGCCACGCCAUUGCGCCAGGUCAUGUCGAAGAGCAUACAGAAGGCCUUCGUUGAGCAUGGCGGCAUGCUGGUCCACCAGCCCGCAUCCGGCGUAAUCCAGCGUCGCGUGCGCCUCGAUCUCAGCGAGCACAACUCGACCGAGGCGGCCGGAUCCGCCGCUCUGGACCUGCGACUCUCGCCAGUGGUGCGGCGCACCCAGAGCGAGUCGAGUAGCUCGGAGGUCAGCAGCUCCUCCACGCAGAAUCCUGAUCUCUACCAGCGGCCGUUCUUGCUGUCCGCCCAAAAACUCACCACCGAAUCGAUCGUCAUCACCCGCAUGAACUCCAACUCGCGGGAGAGCUUCUCCACGGUGUUCAACUCCUGCGAGAGUGUGGAGAUCAUACGCUCCUCCUCGGAAUCGGCCGAGGUCCAUGUGCCGGCCAUAACGCCCAUUCGUGUCACUGGCGGCGCUCCGAUCAACAAGAAGCAGAUCAAGUUCGAGACGCCGACGAAGAGCUGCCAGGAGCUGGUGCUCAGUGGCGAGGGCGACGGCGAGGGCGACGACACCAAGGAUCAGUUCUUCACUCCGGAACCUGGGUCGCCGGAACGCCCGGAGCGGCGUCGCCAGGCGAUUGUGCCGCGCCAGCUGAGCGACCAGUUUUCGCCCAAGAAGGACAAGUCCAAGGAGCAGGAGCUGACGCAGGUUCUGGCCCUGGUCUCCCCGCCAGCGCAGCGCCCCAGGGCACGUCCUCCGUUGCGGGAAUGCCGGCAGAAGAGAGUCUUUAGCGGCGUGCAGGAUGUGGGAUGUGGGCCGGAGGAGGAAGGGGAGGAGGAUGAGGAGGACGAGGUGUUCCGGCCCACGAACGCCUCCACGCGGAAUGACAAGAAACAGGAGGGUGCCUCCUCCGGUCGCCUGUGGUCCUUGAUGAGCUCCAUGAUGCGGCUGCCGGCCAGCCUGCGCAGCGAAAAGGACAAGGAUCAGGAUCAGGAUAACAAGGAGAACGCUGGCUCGGGCUCCCUCAUCCGUCGGUGCGCCUCCAUCGCCGGCUCCCUGGUGCGUCCCAGCGCCAAGGAGUACUCCAUGGAGGACAACCAGACCCUCAAGCGGAAGCGCACCCAAACGCUGGACAACCAGUACUGCAGCCCGCUGUCGCCGUCCAGCUCCUCGAAACGGUACCGCAUCCGGCCCAGGGAACCCAUCGAGCGCAUGCGUCGCCACUAGAAUUUGAGUUCUCAUUUUAUUUAAUUGCAAAUUUGUGUUUUCAUUGUGAAUUUAGUUUCGUUUUUAAUAAAUGUUUGGUAUUGCAUUCGCCGUUA